UUCUAGGCGACGCUUAGGAGAGAAAGGCGCUAGUCAAGGGUCAAGACCAAAACCCCGGUUUUAUACCUAGCACCUUAGUGAACCUUAAGACGAGCGCGUUCAUGAAUCUUAAUACUUUCAUUAGUUUUUGACCCUUCAUACGCUAUAAUUAUUUGGUCGGACUAUACUGUCAAGGCCAAUUUUAUGAAUGCUCAUUUUCUCAACCUGACCAUGAAUUCAUGAUAGAAAAUCAAAUCCAUGUCGCAAAUGUUGGCGACCCAUGAUAGAAUUAACCAUGAGUUCACGAUUUAAAUUUUUUUCAUAUUAUAUAUGGCCUAAUUUGAUAGAUCUUGCUCAGUAACAAAUGCCAUAGUUUCUCAAGCUUAAUGGAGGGUGUUUCUAUUGUUGAAUUUAGGAUUGAAUCCUAUGAACAUAAAAUGUUAUUAAGAAGUUGUUCACCCAAAAGAAAGAAAAAAGAAAAAGGUUAGGAAUGGGUGGGUGAAUGUGGAGUUUAGGCAUCUAUUCUAAUCGGCUACUCUCAUCUCAUCCAUAAAAUCAGGGUUUGUUUAUGGCUCUUGUUUGAAAACAGAAGAUUUGUUUUUUAGUUUUCCAAUAAAAAAAAAAAGAAAAGAAACCCUCUACCCUGUCCUCAAUAAUAAUAGUCAAAUUUACAGAGGAGAAAAAACAGAGGUGUUUGUUCAAAUAACAGUCCACCGGAAAGACUAGUGGAAGGACGAGGUGGAAUCCCUUCCGUACCCUCAAGUGACGAGCUGUCCCAUUACGGAAAGAAAGAGACAACCUUUUUUUCUUGAAGAGCUGAACAGGGAGGAGUAGUUAUAAAAACAGGGGCGCCCUUUCACCUUUCUUUUCUUCUGCGGAAAAAGGAUUUUAACGCUGCAGUAAAGAGAAAGAGAUAAAAGGGUUAAAGCAGAGGGAGAAAGAAAGAAAGAAAGAAAGAAAGGAGGAAGGAAGGAUACAAACAUUUGUUUGUGGGGGAGGGAGGGAGGGAGUGGGGGACUGUUUCUCUUAAUAACAACACUCUUUUUGCCCACACUCUAGAGAGCGGUUGGCUUUCCCUUCUUUUGCAGAUUUGGAUUUGGUGGUGUGAGUGGCUUCCUUUCUCAUCACUAUUUUCAUGCCUAUAAUUCUGUUCUUUUAACUGGGUAUUGCUCCAUUCGUCUCUCUCUCUCUCUCUCUCUCUCUCUCCGUACACCUCUUCUGCCUGUCCCUCUCUGGUAGCCAAAACCCAUCUCUGGUUCUUGGUUGAUGGUGGUUGAGGAUUAACAAGUUUUGGUUUUGGUGUUCUUAGUUUUGUGUGAAGAAGGAAAAGAUGGCGGAGGAGGGGGAGAAAGCUGAAGUUUUGGAGGCAGUGUUGAAGGAAACUGUGGAUUUGGAAAACAUUCCCAUUGAAGAAGUGUUUGAGAAUCUGAGAUGUAGCAGGGAAGGUCUCACAACUCAGGCUGCCGAUGAGAGGCUUGCCAUUUUUGGCCACAAUAAACUUGAGGAGAAAAAGGAGAGCAAGGUCCUCAAGUUCCUGGGGUUUAUGUGGAAUCCUUUGUCAUGGGUUAUGGAGGCUGCUGCAAUCAUGGCUAUCGCUCUUGCUAACGGAGGAGGAAAGCCUCCGGAUUGGCAAGAUUUCGUUGGUAUUAUCACGCUGUUGGUGAUCAACUCGACUAUCAGUUUUGUUGAAGAGAACAAUGCUGGUAAUGCGGCCGCGGCUCUCAUGGCUAGUCUAGCCCCCAAAGCCAAGGUGCUUCGAGAUGGGAAGUGGAGCGAACAAGAUGCUGCAAUUUUGGUUCCUGGUGAUAUCAUCAGUAUCAAACUUGGAGACAUCAUUCCAGCUGAUGCUCGACUACUGGAAGGAGAUCCUCUCAAAAUCGACCAGUCUGCUCUCACUGGGGAGUCUCUUCCUGUGACAAAAGGUCCUGGAGAUGGUAUAUAUUCUGGUUCCACCUGUAAACAAGGAGAAAUUGAAGCGGUGGUUAUUGCCACCGGCGUUCAUACCUUCUUUGGUAAAGCAGCACAUCUAGUGGACACGACUAACCAAGUUGGACACUUCCAAAAGGUUUUGACAGCAAUUGGGAACUUCUGCAUUUGCUCGAUUGCCGUUGGAAUGAUUGUGGAGAUUAUUGUCAUGUACCCCAUCCAAGAUAGGCAAUAUCGUCCUGGGAUUGACAAUCUUCUUGUGCUUCUGAUUGGAGGAAUACCAAUAGCUAUGCCUACAGUCUUGUCUGUAACUAUGGCCAUUGGUGCUCAUAGACUAGCUCAGCAGGGAGCCAUCACAAAGAGAAUGACUGCAAUCGAAGAGAUGGCAGGCAUGGAUGUGCUUUGCAGUGAUAAGACUGGAACAUUGACUUUGAACAAACUGACGGUUGACAAGAAUCUUAUUGAGGUGUUUGCAAAGGGAAUUGAUGCAGAUACUGUGGUCUUGAUGGCUGCUCGAGCCUCGAGAACAGAGAACCAAGAUGCAAUUGAUGCAGCCAUCGUCAAUAUGCUGGCUGAUCCAAAGGAGGCACGAGCUGGAGUUCAGGAGCUUCAUUUUCUCCCCUUCAAUCCUACUGACAAGCGGACUGCUUUGACAUAUUUGGACGGUAAUGGUAAAAUGCACAGAGUCAGCAAAGGAGCACCAGAGCAGAUUCUGCAUCUUGCACACAAUAAGUCAGAAAUUGAACGAAGAGUGCAUGCUGUGAUCGACAAGUUUGCUGAACGAGGCUUAAGGUCUCUUGCUGUGGCAUAUCAGGAAGUUCCUGAAUGCAGAAAAGAAAGUCCUGGAGGCCCAUGGCAAUUCAUUGCUCUCAUGCCCCUCUUUGAUCCACCCAGGCAUGAUAGUGCAGAGACUAUAAGGAGGGCUCUCAAUCUUGGUGUCAAUGUCAAAAUGAUUACAGGUGAUCAGCUGGCAAUAGGAAAGGAAACUGGGCGCCGUUUGGGAAUGGGAACUAACAUGUAUCCUUCAUCUGCAUUGCUCGGACAAACAAAAGAUGAGUCUAUUGCUGCUUUACCAGUGGAUGACCUGAUUGAGAAAGCUGAUGGUUUUGCCGGAGUCUUCCCAGAGCACAAAUAUGAGAUAGUCAAGCGGUUGCAAGCUAGGAAACACAUUUGUGGGAUGACUGGUGAUGGAGUCAAUGAUGCUCCUGCUCUCAAAAAGGCUGACAUUGGUAUUGCUGUUGCUGAUGCGACUGAUGCUGCCCGUAGUGCUUCUGAUAUAGUUCUUACUGAACCGGGUCUUAGUGUCAUCAUUAGUGCUGUCUUGACAAGUCGAGCUAUCUUUCAGAGGAUGAAAAACUACACAAUCUAUGCAGUAUCCAUAACCAUACGUAUAGUGCUUGGUUUCAUGCUACUGGCUCUGAUUUGGAAGUUUGAUUUCCCCCCUUUCAUGGUUCUAAUCAUUGCCAUUCUCAAUGAUGGUACAAUUAUGACUAUAUCGAAGGAUAGGGUGAAACCAUCUCCACUUCCGGACAGUUGGAAACUGGCUGAGAUAUUCACCACUGGUGUUGUUCUAGGUAGUUACCUUGCAAUGAUGACGGUUAUCUUCUUCUGGGCUGCAUACAAAACCGACUUCUUCCCGAGGACAUUUGGAGUUUCCACCCUGGAGAAAACUGCACACGAUGACUUCCGAAAACUCGCCUCAGCAAUAUACUUGCAAGUCAGCACCAUCAGUCAAGCCCUCAUCUUUGUAACACGGUCCAGGAGCUGGUCCUUUGUGGAACGCCCGGGCGUCUUGCUGGUUGUGGCUUUCAUCAUUGCUCAGCUGAUUGCUACACUGAUAGCAGUUUAUGCAAGCUGGAGCUUCGCUGCUAUUGAAGGAAUAGGUUGGGGGUGGGCUGGCGUGAUUUGGCUCUACAACAUCAUAUUCUAUCUCCCACUCGACCCGAUUAAGUUCUUCAUCCGCUACGCUCUCAGUGGAAGGGCCUGGGAUCUUGUCAUCGAGCAAAGGAUUGCUUUCACAAGACAAAAGGAUUUCGGAAAGGAACAGAGAGAGCUUCAGUGGGCCCAUGCACAGAGAACACUCCAUGGGUUGCAGGCACCUGAUACCAAGAUGUUCACUGAGCGUACCCAUUUCACCGAACUCAACAACAUGGCUGAAGAAGCCAAGAGGAGAGCUGAAAUUGCAAGGCUGAGGGAGCUCCAUACGCUGAAGGGUCACGUUGAAUCGGUGGUGAGACUGAAGGGACUCGACAUAGAGACCAUUCAACAGGCUUACACGGUCUAAUUGUGCGCGUACACUGCCGUGAAAUCGCAAUAUGCUCUACUCGAAAGAGAAUCUUUGUUCUUUUUAGUUUUUUUACAUUCUGCCAAUAGUCAUGUCUAUAUAUAAGUGUCAAUGUUAAUUGUUGCUGAAGAAGGAUGUUACUGGUUUUCUGUUGAGUAUUAUCAUGAUGUACAAACUCAGGUGAUAGAUUUCGCGACUUAUCAUCGUCAUCGGCUGUCGCUCAUGCGUCGUCUCUUUUCUCUCUGCUGCAUUGUUGAAAAGAGGUCCUCUGUAGAUUCUGUUCUCCUUAUGCAACACUGGCCUGCAUCUCGUAUCAAUGUUCACGGCUGCAAUCAUGUUUAGUUGAGUAGCCUGAACUUACAUGGCACGAGGGUAAAUAACCUAGCUCCUGAUGACGAUAAGCUGCGCGUUGAUGAUACGUUUUUCGGCCUACAUAAGUUCGAUUAACCAAAGCUGAUGCGAGGAGAUGAAGAAAUGCUAGUCUGUCAUUCACUGUCUUGUAGGGAAAGAGAAGACUCAACCAAACAUUAAAUGAAGUUUAAACGAAAUU